UACGAUGAUUACUGGUAUGAUUGCUACAUGGGAAAUUCACCGCGCUCUCGUACCGAUCAAGCACCGUACAGCAUGUGGAACUAUCCGUACAGCUCAUGGUUGAGACACAGGAAUUUUUUAUAUGAUCUUCCGUCGAUAUACCCAUCCUACUACAGCAAGCACUACUACAGAUAUAAUGAUAAUGCCCGGUAUAUGUACUAUCGUAAUUAUCUCACUUACUAUUCGCCACUGGAUCGUCAUUGGCUUACGUCAACCAACAAAUAUGCAAAUUCCUACUAG